AUGUGUUCGCGGACUUUUGCGCCGAGCUCUACGCUUCUUCACCGGCCUCCCAAGAGGCGGACGCCGCCAGGCUCCAGCCAGCGCCUGGGGUCAUUGCUCCGUUCACAAUUGACGAAUUGCGGGUGCAACUGCGUAGCCUUAAGACUGGUAGGUAAGUGUUGUGACCAGGGCGGGAUUUGCGCAGAGAUGUUCAAGCACGGCGGAGACACACUGGAGACUCUCUUGUUGGAUCUCGCCGACGGCGCCUUCGCCCGAGUCCUGCAGGCACUCCGUGGUGACGGUAUUGCACACAUCCGGAGAUGCAGCGGACCCGAAGAAAUCGGGCCAAUCACUAUUAUCCCGCUGCUGUACAAGCUGUUUGCCGAACUCGUGCACGGUAGGCUUUACCCACUUCUCGACAGGCACCAUAACAAGGACCAGGCUGGUUUCAGGAAAGGCUUCGGCACUGUUCACCAUAUGUUUGCUGUAUCUCUUCUUCAAGAACAGUGCCACGAAUGGCAGCAUCACGUAUGGCUUUCAGCGCUGGACUUCAAGAAGGCGUUUGGUUGUGUUGAACACAACUUUAUGUGGCGUUCUCUUGCUGAUCAGGGAGUUCCUGCUGGAUAUGUAUCCCUUCUCCAGAAUCUAUAUUCAGGGCAGACAGCCAGAGUACGAACGGACUGCAUGAGUAAGCCCUACGACUUUCAGCGCGGAACCAAACAAGGCGACCCUCUAAGCUCUCUCUUGUUUAAUUCUCUCAUUGAGACUGUUGUGAGCAAAUUCAAGCAGAAGUGGUUGGCCAAGGGUUGCGGCUUGAAGAAGGGUGCCACGGACCUCACGCAGCUGACGAACUUGCGACUCGCUGGCGACAUCCUCCUUGUCGCCGCCACUCUACGACAGCUCAAGGCCAUGAUCGAGGAUAUCAAGAUCGCGUCGGCCGAAGUUGGUCUCGAGCUGCACCCGGACAGGACGAAUAUUCAGAGUAAUGUGGAGCGCGGCAGUGGGAGACCGAAAGAGGCGAACGUGCACGUGGACGGCAUGAGCAUCGAGCUCGUCCCUUACAGCGGCAGCGUGAAAUACCUUGGGCGUCUCGUUAGCUUCGAUCGCCCCCACGACGUGGAGAUUGAGAAUCGCAUCCGGAGUGCGUGGAAAUCUUUCAUGACACACAGGGCAGAAUUAGUUGAUCGCCAGUACUCGUUGGCCUCCUGGCUCAGGUUGUUUGACCGCACUGUGACGACAACGAUGCUGUAUGGUUCGGCUACCUGGUACUUACACACGAGUUUGAAGAGAAGGUCAGAAGAACACAAAGAAAGAUGUUGCGCAUGA